ACGAAGAUGCGGUGCGCUGGUUUCAUUUUAAUAGUAUUAUUCACGCCAUCUAAUGGCCUCAAUAUAGCAAAACCAGAGAAACAGAUAAUGAAUGAUCUAUCUUGGGGUACUAAAUCAAAACUACUAAAGGACUAUCGUGAAAGGCGUGUUGGUGUAUCCUACCUUCGUGAGGGUGUGACUGAAGCGGAAGAUUCCAUGAAAUUGAAACUAUUUCGAUUAAUGUAUGAAACGGUUCGAGACAGCGAUUUGAAAGUACGAAGGGCUGAAUUAAUAAGACGACAUUACACAAAUUCAACUUCUUUUGAUAUGGGCUUCAUUAUAGGCGAUAUAACAGAUAAAUUCAGUAUUAUAUCCGAUAUUGCCCUAACGAUGAAAAGAUUAUACAAAGAGUGGAAGCCAAUGGAGCAUAUAAGUGCGUACGAGCAGAUCGCGAAUAAAGCUAUUGAAAUCACAAACUUGAUUGACAUGGUACGACUCAUAGAACGGAAGAACACGAAGGUUGCCAGGAUUUGA